UUAAAUAUUUCAUAUAAGAAAGAGAAAGAGAAAAGACACCUGGUAAUCAAUUAGAGCGAGUACAAAGGUAUCACCCUGCCCUACCCCAUCUCUCAUUUCUUUCUUUCUUUCCCUCUCUGCUCUCGCAGCCUGCGCCUUGCUUUGCCUUGCCUUGUUUACUUCUCAUCUUUGUUCCUAAUCCUCUUUGUUUUCUGUCACAUCUAACUCCGACCCAUUUUCAAACUAAUAAGAAAGAAGGAAAACCGAAGCACCGUCUGCCGUUCGGUGCUCACUAUCCCAGUUGGUGGAAACGGAAAGGUUUUUAUAUAUUUUUCCCUUUCUCGCAAAUGGGUUGCGCCCAAUCCAGAAUAGAUAACGAAGAAUCAGUGGCUCGUUGCAAGGACCGGAAAAUCUUAAUGAAAGAAGCGGUGGUAGCUCGCAACGCUUUUGCAGCUGCUCAUUCUGGCUACGCCAUUUCUUUGAAGAAUACCGGUGCUGCUUUGAGUGACUAUGGUCAUGGUGAAGCGGAAGUGCCUCUCCAACACCCUCACCAGAUCCCUCCUCUCGACUCUACCCCUCAACCGCCUCCACCGCCUCCGAUGAUGGACAACCUCCCUCCACCGCCUCCGCUUCCUAACUUCUCUCCUAGCCCCGUUGUCCCCAUCAAACGCGCCGUUAGUAUGCCGGCAAUGCCCGUCAAGAGUCGUAAGGAGUUCGAUGCUUCCCUCGCUAUUGAAGAAGAAGAGGAGGAGGAAGAAGAAGAAGAAGAAGAAGAAGAACAUCACGAGGGACACGAAGUGCGUGCCGGUAAUAAUAAGGAAGAUUUGAGAAAAGAUUCACGAGGGUCCCAUAGGGAGGAGAUAACUCCACCAAGGACUCCUGAGAACAACAAUGUGGACCACCACACGCCUCCGAUGCCCGAAGCUAAAAACGUGGCUUGGGAUUACUUCUUCAUGGUCGACGAUAACAUGCCGGGUCCGAGCUUGGAUUUGCACGACGACAAUGACGAAGAAUCUACUAAUCCGAAUGUCGAUGCUUUAGAGAACAAUGUCAGUGGUGUAGGCCACGUCGAAGUUGAUAGUGAGAUUGAGCCAAAGACGCCGGAGAGGCCGGAUAAGGUUGCGAUGGCAGCUGAGGCUGAUGGUAAGCAACAGGUACAUAUCGAGCACUCGAAAACGGCUCCGGCAGAUUUCAGAAGAAUGGUGAAGGCUGUUUCCGGUGUGAAUUUAAUGCAGGUUUUGAAUGAGAUUGAUGACCAUUUCUUGAAAGGCUCAGAGAGUGCUCAAGAGGUUUCUAAGAUGCUGGAGGCCACAAGGUUGCAUUAUCAUUCCAAUUUUGCUGAUAAUCGAGGGCAUAUUGAUCAUUCUGAAAGGGUAAUGCGUGUCAUUACAUGGAAUAGGUCUUUCAGAGGUGCGAUGAAUGGUGAAAAUCGGAAGGGUGAAUUCGAUUCUGAUGAGUCUGAGACUCAUGCCACUAUUCUGGACAAGUUGCUAGCAUGGGAGAAGAAACUUUAUGAUGAAGUGAAGCAAGGAGAGAUGAUGAAGCUCGAAUAUAAACGGAAGGUUGCUUUGUUAAACAAGCAGAAGAAACAUGGAGCUAGUGCUGAAUCAUUGGAAAAAGCAAAAGCAGCUGUAAGUCAUUUGCACACGAGAUACAUAGUUGACAUGCAGUCCAUGGAUUCAACAGUAUCGGAAGUUAACCAAAUACGUGAUGAGCAGUUGUAUCCAAAACUUUUUAUGCUUGUUGAUGGGAUGGCUAACAUGUGGGCAAGGAUGUGCAUGCAUCAUGAUAGCCAACUGAAGAUUGUUGAAAAGCUUAAAUCUCUCGACAUUGCCUUUGCCUCCAAAGAAACAACAAAGCACCACCACGAGCGCACCAUCCAACUUCAUAAUGUUGUCCAAGAAUGGCAUUCUCAGUUUGAUAAGCUUGUCACUCAUCAAAAGCAAUACAUCCAAGCUCUCAACAACUGGUUAAAGUUGAAUCUCAUCCCUAUUGAAAGCAGCCUGAAAGAGAAAGUCUCGUCUCCUCCACGUGCACAGAAUCCUCCCAUCCAAAAACUCCUCCAUACAUGGCAUGAUUAUCUUGAAAAGCUUCCCGAUGAGGUCGCUAAAUCUGCUAUCUCUUCGUUUGCUGCUGUGAUAAAAACCAUAAUCAUCCAUCAAGAGGAAGAGAUGAAACUAAAAGAAAAGUGUGAGGAAACCCGGAAGGAAUUUCUGCGAAAGAGUCAGGCUUUUGAGGAAUGGUAUCAUAAGUAUAGGCAACGGAGAUCUGGAUCAGAUGAGAUGGAUGCUGAAAGAGGGGAAGAUGCAAACGCAAAGGAUCCUGUAUCAGAGAGGCAGUUUGCGGUUGAGAGCUUGAAAAAGAGGUUGGAAGAGGAAGUCGAAGCUCACGAAAAGCAUUGCAUUCAAGUGAGAGAGAAAUCUUUGGGAAGCCUUAAAAUCCGACUGCCUGAGCUAUUCCGGGCUAUGUCGGACUAUUCUCAUGCCUGCUCUGAUGCUUAUGAGAAGUUAAGGACUGUUAUCCAGUCACAAAAACCAAAUACUGCUCCCUCAAAAUAGAAUCAGCUCUGUUUUGCUAGUAAUUUCCUAUUAACUCGUAUCAUCUCAGUUAACUGCAGCUUUAGGCAAUGCAAUAGAGCAAUGCGUUAUUUAAUAUCUAUGUGCAAAAGAACAUGUGCUAUGCUGGUAAGGUUACUAAUUUUGAUUUUGACUCUAA